GUUUUGAGGAUUACAGACCAGUGUCUGGAACACAAUAGGUAAUCGUAAAUAGAUGCUAGAUGUGACUCAGCCGCUCACUGUGGGACUCAACGAACGGCUAACCGACAGGUCGGAGUCUCACCCUCGGGAUCUCAGAGGGCCGGGAGAGCGCCCGUGGCCUCCUCCCUCCAGGAGGUGGGGACUAGGUGGAGGAAGGGCUGCGGGAGGAGGAGCUGGCGCGUCGCGACCCGCCCCGUCCCAUCCAGUCUGGCCUGGGCGCCGAAGGAACUGCGGUCCUAGCCCCUGUCAUCCAGCGGCUUGUCCUGCGUGCCCCGAGCCCUGCCCGCACCCAGUUAUGACUCUGCGCCCCUCACUUCUCCCGCUCCGAGUGCUGCUGCUGCUGCUGCUCAGGGGGGCGGUGUGCCGGGCGGAGGCUGGGUCCGAAACCGAAAGUCCCGUCCGGACCCUCCAAGUGGAGACCCUGGUGGAGCCCCCCGAGCCGUGUGCUGAGCCUGCUGCCUUUGGAGACACGCUUCACAUACACUACUCGGUCUGGAGCAGAGCCUUCUAGACAUGUGUGUGGGAGAGAAGCGAAGGGUAAUCAUUCCUUCUCACCUGGCCUAUGGAAAACGGGGAUUUCCACCAUCUAUCCCAGCGGAUGCAGAGCUGCAUUUUGACGUGGAACUGAUUGCACUGAUCCGAGCCAACUACUGGCAGAAGCUGGUGAAGGGCAUUUUGCCUCUGGUAGGCAUGGCCAUGGUGCCAGCCCUCCUGGGCCUUAUUGGCUAUCAUCUAUACAGAAAGGCCAGCAGUCCUAAAAUCUCCAAAAAGAAGCUCAAGGAAGAGAAACGAAACAAGAGCAAAAAGAAAUAAUAAACAAUUUUUAAAAAACUUUGCAUUC